GCCAGCUGUCCUCCGCUCAGGUGGGCUGGUUAAUGUUUCACCUGCGCGAGAGAGACCACGUCACGUCAGCUUCAGGAAAAAGCCACGGUGGCCUCUGGGGUCCUACAGGACCUGUGCUGUUCUCUAUUUUUCAUGGUGAAACUGAAUUCUGACGAGCCGAGCUGAACUUUACCCAGUUUUUUGAUAUCAGUAAAGUCGAGUGUCGUGCGUACCGUGUGAAAAUGUCUGCCUCCGCAAUAUUUGUGUUGGAUUUGAAAGGAAAGGUGCUGAUUUGUCGUAACUACAAAGGUGAUGUGGACAUGGCAGAGAUCGAUCACUUUAUGCCUUUACUCAUGCAGCAUGAAGAGGAAGGGCUUCUCAGUCCUGUGAUGUCCCACGGCAAUGUUCACUUCAUGUGGAUCAAGCACAGCAAUCUCUACCUUGUGGCCACCACCAAUAAGAACUCAAACGCCUCACUAGUUUACUCAUUUCUUUACAAAAUAGUUGAGGUGUUCACAGAAUACUUCAAAGAGCUGGAAGAAGAGAGCAUUCAGGAUAAUUUUGUUGUCGUUUAUGAGCUGCUUGAUGAACUGAUGGACUUUGGGUUCCCUCAAACUACUGAAAGCAAGAUCCUGCAAGAAUACAUAACUCAGGAAGGUGCUAAGCUGGAGGUGGCAAAGUCCAAGGUCCCCACCACCGUCACCAACGCUGUUUCCUGGCGAUCAGAUGGCAUCAAAUACAAAAAGAACGAGGUUUUCAUUGACGUCAUUGAAUCCAUCAAUGUACUGGUAAAUGCCAAUGGCAGUGUAAUGAGCAGUGACAUUGUGGGGAGCAUUAAACUGAAGACCAUGCUGUCCGGAAUGCCUGAACUACGCCUCGGCCUCAAUGAUCGCGUGCUUUUUGCCCUCACUGGACGUGACAAGGGUAAGACAGUGGUGAUGGAGGACGUGAAAUUUCAUCAGUGUGUCCGUCUCUCCCGUUUUGAAAGCGAUCGGACAAUCUCCUUCAUUCCUCCAGAUGGAGAGUCUGAGCUGAUGUCCUACCGCAUCAAUACGCAUGUGAAACCUCUGAUUUGGAUUGAGUCAGUCAUUGAGAAAUUCUCUCACAGCAGAGUUGAGAUCAUGGUUAAGGCUAAGGGACAGUUUAAAAAGCAGUCUGUGGCCAAUAAUGUGGAGGUGAGGGUCCCUGUCCCCAGUGAUGCCGAUUCACCCAAGUUCAAAACCAGCACAGGAAGCGCUAAAUACGUACCCGAGAAAAACCUGGUGGUGUGGACUAUCAAGUCCUUCCCUGGAGGAAAAGAGUUUCUUAUGAGAGCUCACUUUGGUUUGCCCAGUGUGGAGAAGGAUGAGGCAGAGGGGAAACCACCUAUUACCGUCAAAUUUGAAAUCCCCUACUUUACAGUCUCAGGCAUUCAGGUUCGGUAUAUGAAGAUCAUUGAAAAAAGUGGGUACCAGGCUUUACCCUGGGUGCGCUAUAUCACACAGAGUGGAGAUUACCAGCUGAGAACCAACGUGUAAAGACUGAGGGAUGCUCUGUUUCUCCAGGACUUCCAGAGGAGCAUGAAGAUCACUUUAACUGCACUGAAAACCAUCUUUUAAAAUAUCACCUGUUCUAAUGUUAAUUUUCUGGUUUUGAGCAGUUUUUAUGACAUUUGUUUAAACUUAGAUGUGCAUUUUGUUGUAUUUCAUUAAAAUUAUUUAAAUCAUAUUAA